AUGUCAAACAGCAGAUCAAGAGGACCACCGCUCCCAAGUCUAGUACAAGGCUCAUCGCUACAAGCCCAAUUACAGCGCGAAGGGGCCCAGAUCUGGCGAAACAACAACCGCCCUCUCAUCGAGCACAUCAUCAACCACACAACCCCCGGCUACGUCACAAAAGUCGUCUGGCUCCAAGAGAAAAGCAUCAUCGAGCAUGAGUACCUACUGAUGUGUGUCAAGACCAACGACGGGAGACUGUCCUGGAUGCGUAUCGAGCGCAUGGGCGAAUUACCCAUCGGGUCAGCAUCCAGUAACGCUCUAACCGAUCAAGCACAAUUGGUCGUGACUCUUGCACCAUUGCGAGAGAACCUCGUUUGUGAUGAUAGGGUUCUUGUGGAGGCUGAUCUUGACGUCAACGCCGCGCGGUUGAGCGACAUUGCGAAGCUUAUACUGAUAGUGCACAAUGAAGAGCCGCAGUAUCAUCUCCAGUGGCAUAACUGUUGGUGGCUUGCGCGAGUGGUUAUGCAAGUACUUUCAGAGACCUAUAUGCACGGUAAUAAGAAGCAGAGGAAGAAGGUUGUUAGCCGGUGUGAUUCUUCGCAUAAUAAACAUGUCUGGGCUAUGAGUGCGGGUGGCCCGUUUGCGGGGAUUGGGCAGAUGGCUACUAUCGUACAUUUUCGGAACAGGAAGAAGAGGAUCAUGGCCAACUUUACUCAAUCUCUGUAUAGUUAG